UGCUCUUCUAUUCUAGGAAACAGCCGAGAGAACAAGAGGCGGCUGAAGACAAAGCUUCUCUGCAAGCGCCUGCACGCGGCGGUGUGUGAGGGCAUCUCUCAGGAGGGGAAGAUGGGAUUUCCCUUCAUGAGGAGACAUCUGCACCUGUUGACAUUCUGACAUUCUUUUCAGCUGAAGAACUGCUAAGUCCUGGAUUUCUGCACUGACUGUCAGACCCAGGAAGCUUCGUAUUUCAGUAACUAUUUCAUUAUCUACCAGUUGGAAGGAAGACUGGGAACUCCCUUUGGAAAGAACAUAAAAAUCUGUGAAGUUUGAACCAGCAGCUUUCCCAAAAUGUACCGAAUAUCUCAACUGAUGUCAACACCAGUGGCAAGUCAAUGUUCUUCCGGGUCCGACAGAAAGUAUGCUGGAGAGCUGUCUCCCACGUGCAUUUUCCCAAGUUUUGCCUGUGACUUCCUGGAUGGUGACAGUUCCUUUGACUGCUGCUCCACAGACCCCCUGACGGGCUCCUACCUUCCCUGUCGCCGAAGUCCCAGGCUCCUCACCAACGGCUACUACAUCUGGACAGAAGACAGUUUCCUCCGUGACAGAGACGGCCACAUAACUCUGAGCCCGUCCCAGACCAGUGUGAUGUACAAGGAGAACUCGGUUAGGAUAUUCAGAAAGAAAAAGAGAAUUCGCCGUUCGUUCUCUUCUCUCUUCGACCUCAGAGCCUCUAAAUCCUGGCUGCAUGGAAGUAUCUUUGGUGAUGUCGACUCUUCCCCGGGGGAGGACAUCUGGUUGGAGGGAGUCAGCAGGCUGGACGUGCACCAUGGCAACGGAAAUGGAGGGGACGGUGACAGUUCUCCGACCGCUGACUGGGAGUGGGAGAAGCCGAGAGCAGAGUCUGUGGACGCCUCCUCUUCGGGCCCCGUCGCACCUGAGACUCCCAGGAAAGGUUCCCAUGGCUCGUCCCUGCAGUCCCAGCUGAUGGCUUCUGAUCAUCUCCAAGGGGACGUUUUGGAUCAUUCAAAAACCAGUUUGUUGGGAGAGAUCUCUUUUCAGACAGUUCUGCUUGCUGCAUGCUUGAUCAUGUCUGCAUGUGCAAGGUGGUUUCUGGGCGGGAUGCUGGCCAGCGCCUUCACGUGCUCCUGCAUCGUCACUGUUGCUUAUGUUGUCAAGUUACUGUUUCUCAGCCUCGCCGGCUUCUUCAGAGCCACCCCCUGCGCUAGGAGAGUGUCGCCUGUGUUGUCAUCAUUUAGACCAAGAUGACGGUCCUCCGAAACCUGGGACUUUGCGCCGAGUGAGCGUGGCAUCGACUGCAUACAGGAAAGGACCGGAUCAUUUGUCCUGAAGAAGACUUCCUAUUAGCACAGAAAUCUAACAGUCUUGUCUUCCUGUGUGUAAAUUCUUACAUCAGAAUAGAUAGAGUUCACUUUUAAGGCAGCAGGAUUUAGGAAGUCAUGUGAAUUUUAAAUUUUUAAGUAGUAUUAAAGGCCUUUUAUAGAUUCAUAGCACUGCAUUUUAACAAUGGCUCCUACGAAGAGGACUUUUUCCUAUAGUUUCUCAAAUAACCGGCAAAUGGCCCACGGAAUGGACUCAGUUACAAACCGCGAUGUCUCCGCUGUCUCUCAGGCACUUAGCAAUCCCUCUGCAGGCUGAUGGCCACGCGUUAGCAUAUUUCCCAGGGUGACUGGGGUCUGGGUGAGAGGCUCGUGGAAUUUCAAGCAGCCCGCAGAGCAGGAUCCCCUGCAAGACGGAUUGUGUUAAUUACCUUCCACACGGCCGCCCGCCCGAGGCCAACUCCCAGAGCUGGGAGACAGAGGUCUGUGAUUCAAAUCAGUUCACAGGCCUUUGCUCCUGCACCGUGUCGCCCCUAUUUACACACUCUCGGUUAAUUCUGAAAUCACAGUGAUGCGGAGGGAAGGCUUAUUUUGUUUAGGACUCCGGCCAAUGUUGAUCUGCUGACACUUUGAGUGAUGCGUCCCUCAGUUUCCUAGCAUUCCAGACUUCUGGGUGCAGGCAUUCAUGUGGCUAAGUUUUGUUUAAUCCGAUAGUUAGGAAAUUGGGUCCUGAGGCCACCUGCGAGAGAAAUCCUUAUUCUUUAGCCCUUGUCACCGAUUGACAUUUGUUUAAAGCUCUUCUAAGGUAGGCGCCCCCUCCCUGGGGCUGCAGGCUGCUCUCCGCCUCACAGGCUGUUAGCUACAGGUCUGCUUUCCUGCUCGGCUUUCUGGGCGGGGAUGUUGCCCUAGGCAGGGCUGGCCUAACCAGGAGUGUCUGAACAAAAGACUCUCACCCAGACAGUCCUUUUGUGACCCAACUUUCAGAUGUGAAAGCGUCAUUUUUUUGUCAGAUGGGGCAAAUUGUAUGCAUCCGUUCUCUGUGGGUUUGACGAUGAACAUGUACCAUUAGUAGGAAGCUCUGUAAGGAGGGCAGAGCUUCUGGGAGGGUGCCAUGGCAACAACCCCUCUUAAGUCAACUGGGGAGCUUGUUUAAGGAGCAGAUUUGUGUACCCUGAAUCCAGACCUUCCCAGCCCAAACUUCUGAGGGGUGUCCACUUUCAACAGCCUCUCCAGGUAAUUCCUUGUACACUAACUUUGAAAAUCUUGGAAAGAUGGUUCGUAAAACCCUACAGUGGCCUCCCUUAACCUACUGAACCUUUACUGAGGCCGUGCAUGCUCUGUGCGGGGCUGGGUGCCCAGCUCUGCUCUGCAGACGUUCAUGGUCUCUGCCAAGGGUCAGACACUGUUGCUAGGUGACCGGGUUGCAUGCCAAGGCCUUGAGAGUUCAGAGUCUAAUGACAAGAGCAUGGAAAGGGCAGAGCGAAGGUGACUUUUAAUAUGAAAUGUGGGAAGUGCAGGUAGAGAGGUAGCAGAGAGGCUAUGGGGAUGCCAGGGGGGAGG